UCAAUUUAUUUAUGUUAAGCUUGUGUCGAUAAGUUUUAGUUUUAGGUUGCUUAUAUAUUAAAUUUGUUAAAAAUAGUGAAUUUUUCGUUGCUGUAAAAGUUAAAAUACUUCAAAAUGGCUCUAAGAACCUACGGCGAUAAGCCGAUUAGUUUUCAAAUCGAGGAAGGCGGCGAAUUUUAUUGUGUCGGAUCAGAGGUCGGCAAUUACCUGCGGUUAUUCCGCGGGUCGCUCUACAAGAAGUAUCCUGGCAUGGCCAGGAGGACCUUAACAAAUGAAGAACGGAAAAGAUUAGUGGAUAAUGGAUUAGGACCUCAUGUUCUAUCAAGUUCAGUGUCGUUGCUGAAGGCUUCUGAAGUUGAAGACAUAAUUGAAGGGAAUGAUGAAAAAUACAAAGCAGUAUCAGUUAGUCAAGAAAUGGCUACACCCCGAGAGAGUAAGAGUAAGAAGCCCCACAAUCCAUCUUGGCUCCCGGUCAUGCCAAAUUCGUCACACUUGGAUGCUGUGCCACAGGCAACCCCUAUCAGUAGGACUAGAGUUCAUAAUAAGAAGGUACGAACCUUCCCCCUCUGUUUUGAUGAUACCGACAUGACGGCGAUGCUAGAGAAUGCUUCGCAGAAACAAAUUCUGGUACCGAUAAGAUUGGAUAUGGAGAUUGAGGGUCAGAAGCUGAGGGACACAUUCACUUGGAAUAAGAAUGAGUCAAUAAUAACACCAGAGCAGUUUGCAGAGGUACUCUGUGAUGAUUUAGAAUUGAACACGAGUACUUUCAUCCCAGCGAUAGCGACGUCUAUCCGUCAACAAAUCGAAGCAUUCCCAAGUGAACCACCAGCUAUACUAGAAGAGCAAACUGACCAAAGGGUCAUUAUUAAGUUAAAUAUACAUGUGGGAAACACUUCACUUGUCGAUCAGGUUGAGUGGGACAUGUCGGAGAAAGAGAAUAAUCCAGAACAAUUUGCGAUGAAACUUUGUGCAGAAUUGGGUCUCGGUGGUGAAUUUGUAACGGGUAUUGCAUACAGUGUUCGAGGUCAACUUGGCUGGCAUCAACGGACUUAUGCGUUUAGUGAAGCACCAUUGCCUGUUGUUGAGACACCAUAUCGCCAGCCGUCUGCUGCGGAACAAUGGGCUCCGUAUCUAGAAACCCUUACCAAUGCUGAAAUGGAAAAGAAAAUCCGGGAUCAAGACAGGAACACGAGGCGUAUGAGGCGUCUCGCAAACACGACACCCGGUUGGUAA